GGCGCAUUGAGGCGGAUACCAGAAGUGACGUCAUUGUUUAGUUUGGUGCUGCGAGUUGUGUGUUUCUGCGUCAGACGAUAGGGCACCUGCUGGCUACUGCCAGGUAAGGGAUAGGCAUGAGUUAAAGGGACCCUGAUAGAGAGAGGCCAAUAACCCUGGAUGGUUGUAUAACUCCAAACACAGACAUGGCAGUGAACCUUCAUUUACAUCAUUCGAGCUCCAGCACAGCUCUCUAGUAAGAGUGGCCUGAUCUGCAUACUGCCAUGCAGUAUGUAAACAAUCAGUCUGCGCCAGAGGUUCCCAAAAGGUAGACCCCAAGAUGCUUUAAAACUACAGCUUCCAUGAUGCUUUGCCAUUCGAAAGAUCUGCAAAGCAUCAGGGGAGUUGUAGUUCUACAAUAUCCUGGGAUCUACGUUUUGGCCACCCCUGGUAUACCUGUGUGGUUAUUUAGUUGAUUGCUUUAUUGGCGCUUAUUAAUUUGCCAUUUUGUGUCCAGGAUUGUGACUUGGUGACAACUCUUCUUAUGAACCCCUAUCAAUUAUAAUGUAUCAAUGGUUGCCUCUAGAAAUGCCUUCCUGUAUGCAUAUAUUUAUUAUAGAUUUGAUUUUCAGAAUUCAUAUUUUUUGAUGGGUUUUGCUGCAUUUUAAAUGGACAGAUUCUUAGAGUGUGGGGUGCAUAACAAUUAUGUAAAUGAACACUUUAUCACUCCAUCGCUCUCUUGAGUAUCUCUAUUGCUUGUAUACAACAGGAAAGGUGAAGGGCAAAUAAGCAGGGGCGCUAGGUGUCAUAAUUAACAUGGCUACAAAUGUUAUUAUUAUUUAGUAUGUACAAUAUAUAUAGCUCAUAGUCCACAACAUUGGGUAUUUGGAAAAUACAAAUAUACCAGUAGAAAGGAACCAUUGAACUCUGAUAUUUCCAAGUUUACACAUGCCAAGCAUUUGAAAUUUCCUUAAAGAGCCACGGUAAUCGCCAAAACCACUACGUCUUAAUGUGUUGUCCCUUUUCUCAGCCAAUAUAAAACAUUGCCAUUUCCAAUAUAAUUGUUUACAUUUGCCUGAAGACAUUCCUCUAGUGGCAGUCAGCCACCAGAACCAUUUCCUAUUUUCAAAGGUCUAAACCAGGGGUAGGUAACUUUGUGGACUAUAUCUCCCUUGAUGCGUUGCCAGCAUUAUGGCAUUAGAGUGCCAAAAGUGGCUUAACCCUGGUCUAAACAUUUACAUGGUUAUUCACUGUAGUGAGAAUUGUCAGGAAAUCAAGGUGAAUUUUAUAUUUAAAGGGACACUGUAGGCACCCAGACCACUUCAGCUAAUUGAAGUGGUCUGGGUGCUGUGAACCUUUUGCACUUAGGGCUGCAAUGUAACACAUUGCAGUUCUACAGAACUGCAAUGUUUUCAUUGCAGCUCUAAAUCUGCCCUCAGUGGUGACCUUUCUGAAGGCAGGUUGGGCCAUAAAGAGGAUGCUGUCUUGACAUUAGAUUCUGAGUUAGUUUGAUGUCUUUUUAAAAAAAAUACCCAGAGUGGGGUCAGUGUAGUGCUGCUUUAAGAUGUUUUGGAUUAGGCUGAAAAAAAAUUGUAGGUUUACCAGAUUGUAACUGAGAACAGAGUGGGAUACCCACUCCAGCUUGUGUUGUGUCCCUAAAGUGUUCAUUGUUAUUUUGCUCAUCAAUUGCAAAAGCCCAGUGAAUUUUACUUGCCUAAUCUGAAAUUCUUUUUUGUUUUUUUCCCUUCAUUUUAGAAAUGGAAGUUGACUACAAUCCAGUGGACGUACCUAUUAAUAUAAUUUACGACCAAGAUAGUGAAUUCAGAGAUUUGGAAGGGGCUGAUGUGAAGGACAUGAGGCUUGAAGCUGAAGCAGUUGUUAACGAUGUUUUGUUUGCUGUUGGAAACAUGUUUGUUUCCAAGAACUUACCUUGCGCUGAGGAUGUGGCCUAUAUCAAUGUGGAGAUAAAAGAAGGGACCAGAUUCUGUCUUGAACUAACCGAUGCUGGGCUAAGGGUAAUUGUAGCAUUUAGACAAUUUUUUACGUAGAUAUUUUCAGAGGCAGUAAGCGUAUAUCUAAACCUUAUUAAAGUGAGGAUGAUGGUGAACUGUUCCUAAACCAGUAGGACCCUACAGGAAGCUGCUCCUAUCCUGCAAAUAAGCUACUACUUUAAGGAUCCUGAGAUGUUAAAGAGACACUAUGUUCUCCAGAACCAUUACAGCAUAACGUAGUCGUUCUGGUGUCUAUAGCAUGUCCCUCCAGCGUUUACAUUGCUGCUUAGCAACACCUCUAGUGGUAGUCACUCAGACGGCCACUAGAGAUGCUACCUAGUUAAGUUCAUCUUCUUUACCCUCUGCGUGGAGAAGCUGAACAUUCCCCACAGAGAUCCGUUGAUUCAAUGCAUCUGAUGCAGUGUUUUGCUGUGCAUGCGCAGGUGGGAAAGCAUUGGAUUGGCUGAUAUCAAGAUUGAAAAGGUAAGUAAAAAAACUUUUUCAUUAAGCAGGAAGCUAAAUAUAAAUAGACUCUCCAGUACUGUGGUGUUAGGAGCCAGUUUUUCUAAAACUAGCUAAGUUUAAUUUACGAGAAAUAUACAAUUCUUAAAGGGACACUGUAGUCAUCAGAACCAGUACAGUUUAAUGUAGUUGUUCUGGUGCUUGUAUCCUUUUCAAUAUAAAUGCUGGAGAGUCUAUUUAUAUUUAGCUUCCUGUUUAAUGAAAAAGUUAUUUUACUUUUUCAAUCUUGAUAUCAGCCAAUCCAAUGCUUUCCCACCUGCGAAUGCACAGCAAAACGCUGCAUUAGAUGCAUUGAAUCAACGAAUGUUGUCCCUUUUCUCAGCCAAUAUAAAACAUUGCCAUUUCCAAUAUAAUUGUUUACAUUUGCCUGAAGGCAUGCCUCUAGUGGCAGUCAGCCACCAGAACAAUUUCCUAUUUUCAAAGGUCAGAGAAAAGGCAGUGUUUACAUUGCUGACCAGUAACCCCUCUAGUGACAGUCACUCAGACGGCACUAGAGAGCCCUGUGUCAGUGCUGUACAGUGUGCAGCACCUUUGUUCAGCAUCUCCAUGCUCUGCAUGGAGGUGUUGAAUGUUACCUAUAGAGAACAUGUGCAAUAUCCUCACAAUGCUUUCCUAUAGGAAAGCAUUGGUAUAGCUAAGAUCUUAAAGACUGAUUUAUCUCAGCCAUGAAGGCAGGACAAGCAGUGGCGAAACCGGCACGGCGUUGGAUAGAAGAUGAGUAAAAACACCUCUCUCGUGAUCGGAGGGGUUCAGGUACCUAAACAGACACAGAAAGACACACUGACAGACACACACACACACACGCAAAUUGAAAUUUUUAAUUUUAAUCCACCCAGCCUUCCUACCUUUGGGAGAGCCAAGUGGAUCUUACCCUGAGAACCAGUGGGGCUGCUUGCUUAUCCUGUGUGCGAGGGAGCAGUAAUCUAUCUGCAGAUCCUCUCUGUUUGCUGUAGGGAUGCCGGGGCCGGAUUUACGUUAUAUUCCGGCUCCCAGCAUCACUAUACAGCGCAAGGGAGUAGAGAGGAGCUGCAGAAAGAUCACUGCUCCCUCGCCUGCUGCCACAGUCCAUGAUCCCUGAGCCAGCCACCUGCAGGAAACCCAGGGUGGCUAACGGGCUUCAAAUCCCUGGCGGCUAGGAUUUGUCAAGCCCUGACUGACACUAGAGUGUUCCUUUAAAGGGAUUCAGCCUCCAGCAUCAUCUGACGGGGCGAGGGGGCUAAUUGCAUGCGCAGCAAGCCCAUUAGGCCCUCCUUAUAGGAAAGCAUUACUAUGGGGAUUUAAUUGACUCUGGAUGUUUUCCUCAUGCAGAGUGUGAGGACGUUUAGCGUCCGUUAGGCAACCAAAAGUCCCUUAACCACCAGGAAGUCCACCAGUCUUAGUCCUGUUAUGUAAUCAUUGCAAUUUCUCAAAAACUUAUAUAUAUAUAUUUUUUUUUAUUACACUUCUAUGCAAUAUAUUCCUCUCAAAAAGAAAAAAAAAUAAUAAUUUGUGAAUCUACUUUCUAUACCUUUUAUAAUGUGUUACUGCAAGCUCCCUGAAAUUUUUAAAGAAAAAUCUGAAAGGGUUGUUAAAAUGCCCUUAUAUCCAUUAAAGGGACACUAUAGUCACCCAGACCACUUCAGCUCAAUGAAGUGGUCUGGGUGCACUGUCCCUCAGGUUUUAACCCUUUACAUGUAAACAUAGCAGUUUCAGAGAAACUGCUAUGUUUAUAUUGCAGGGUUAAGCCAACCUCUAGUGGCUGUCUUCCUGACAGCCGCUAGAGGCGCAUCUGCGAUGCUGGAUGCGAAUUUCACAUCCAUUGCGCAGAGCGUCCAUUCAUUGAGAAAUGCUUUCCUAUGGACUGUUUGAAUGUGCGCACGGCACUUGCCUCGCAUGCACAUACGGCUUCACUCGGGAGCAGAUGUCGGCGGGGGAGGAGAGGUCACCAGAGCCAAGGGAGCCCGGCGCUGGAUUAGGGUAAGCUGCUGAAGGGGUUUUAACCCCUUCAGCGCCUUGGGAGGGGAUCCUGAGGGUAGGGGCACCCUCAGGGCACUAUAGUGUCAGGAAAACCGCUUUGUUUUCCUGACACUGUAGUGAUCCUUUAAAGCAUUUUACUUGUGCUCUGCCCCGCCUCUGGUGGUUGACAUCAUCAGUCCAGUAUGGAAGCAUUGUGAGGCUAGUGCGCCUCAUUGCGCCAGUCAACAUCUUAUCAUGGAGAUGCAUUAAGUUAAUCUUUGCAGGACCACAUCCAGGAAGUCCCUCUAGUGGCUGGUUUUUAAGGAUUUAUUUUUUUUUUUUAAAUAAAUGCGUUUUUAUUGCACUACGAUUUUGUGAGCAGCCUUUUCCUGUUAAAAAUAGCCAUUCAACUGUGUUGUGCAUUAAUAUAUAUAUUUUUUUUUUUUCUUCAAAAUGUAAUAAUAAUAAUUUUGUAUUUUUGUAGGUUGUUGGUUAUGCCUAUGACCGUAUAGAUGAAGAGACCCACAGCCAGUACCAUGAGACAAUCUACUCUUUGCUUGAUUCCCUCAGUCCUGCAUACCGAGAAGCAUUUGGAAAUGCACUGAUGCGACGACUUGAAGCAUUGAAAAGUGAUGGCCAGUCUGACUCUUGAUUACCAAGUCAUGCCACCAUCUCGGUUCAAAACAGCCCUUAUUGUUUUAUAUUUUCUUUGUGUCAUCUCCCGGCACAGGCUUCUUUGAAACAUUCCAGAGCGGCAAAUUUCGGCUUCAGGAAAAAAAAAAAAACUAAUUGCAAUGCAAAUUGCCUUUAUUCUAGAAAAUCUUGAAUUACAUUUUAAAUCACCCAACAUGUUGCAGAAACCCAAAAGAUAUCCAUUGGAUCAUUGAACCAAAUAAUGAUUUGCUCCUCCUUAGUGGGUUAUUAAGUUCACAUUUUCAGGUAUUUUUGUUUUUGAGAAGCACUGUUUGAGUAAUUGACAUACUGUAGCAUUCCUUAAACAGCUCUUAGAGGGGAAAGUCAGUCAGUGCACAUAUAAAUUGGGAAGGCGUAUUCACUAUAUAAUGAAUUGUAGUAAAUUAAAAUAGGAAUUUCAAAUUGUAUGCCAACAUAUUUGAAUUAGGAGUAUUUCUCACUUUUUGUGUUGCAAUACCCUUGGUAAUUCACCACAAUUUGUUAGUCAAUAAAACCCAUAAGAGUGCUCACCGACCUAUUUUUUUUCCCCAUGUAUUCAUCAAUGAAAUCUUAAUGGCACCAUCCUUGUUGCAUGGGACAAAAUUAUGUUCUGAAAACUAAUAUGCAGAGGCAUGUACCAUAUGGUUUUAACCCUCAAAAGUACUAUACAGUUUAAUAAAAUAACCAAGCUCCAUCUAAAUUGUUAUAUUCUUUGUUUAAAACAUAAAAAACAACAAAAGCAGCUUUUUGGUUGCUAACAAAGUAUAUUGUGUAUUUGGCUUUGCAGCAUUUAAUGUGGACUAACUACAGUAUAGCAAUCUGUACUGGUGAACUUGGUAAUGCAUUUCGUAUUUACUGCUUUCUAGACUUAAAAGAAUACUAUAGGGUCAGGAACACGAACAUGUAUUCCUGACCCUUUAGUGCAAAACCCACCAUUUAGGUGGACUGCCCCCCCCCCCCACCCUAGCCCCCUUAAAAGUCAAUAAAACUCACCUUAUUUCCUUGCCCUGCCCUCUUGGUGACGUUAUCAGAAUUGCAGAUUUUUAGUCAAUCCAAUGCUUUCCCAUCGGCAAAGGGUCAGGGCCGAACACUGUUUUGGCCAGUCGGCACCUCCUCAUAGAGAUGCAUUGAAUCAAUGCAUCUCUAUGAAGAAAAUUCAGCGUCCCCACGCAGAGCGUGGAGACGCUCAACGGCUCUGCUGCUUACUGUGCAGCACUGAGCCAUUAAGCCCCUCUAGUGGCCAUCUGUGGUGUGGCCACUUGGAGGUGUCCCUAGGGGCAAUGUAAACACUGCCUUUUCUGUGAUUAUUACAUUAAGCUGUAGUUGUUCUGGUGACUAUAGUUCCCUUUAAAAAAGUUUGCAGAUUAUGAAUGAAGUGUGCAGGAAACGCUCUGUGCGGAGGACAUUAUAGCAUGCUACUGCACUACUAACACAUUACAGUACUGAGCAUUUUGUGCUGUAAAAAUACUGUAAACACAACUCCUUGCUGUUUUACAGAUUGUGUGCAUGGUGAUAUCUUUAUCUUUUAAUAUAUGCUUAUGUUUUUGUACAGAUUUUACUGUUCUUUUUCUCAGUAGUAUAUAUUAAGUUUGUAAAAAAAAAAUCUGCCUCAGUGUUUGCACUGUUUAUAAUAUUUACAUGGUUCUGCUGGUAUUCUGAAGACUCCUUUUUGGGCUGUGGAAUGGGAGUAAAUUCAGUUCAGUAUUCUUAAUUGUGCAUACAUUCUACUUUCUGGUCUUCAGAGCAUUAAUUGUCUUUUUUUUGGGGGGGUGGGAGGGAGUUCUCAUUUUUAUUUUAUUCUAAAACUGUCAUAUCUGAUCUUAUUCUAUAGAGAACUUUAUUUGAUGUUGAAUAUAUAUCAUUCUUCCAUAAUUUAGUAUGUCAAAAUUUAUUUAUCAGUAAUAUAUCUUUCAGGGCAAAUGGUUCACCACUGUGGCCCCGCAGUGAAGCAAGUUUCCAUUGUAGUUUAUAAUGCUGUUUUGCAGAUUACACUCAAAAUGCUCUGUUCUGGUGCAUUAUUAUGGCAUCUUUAGUUCAUUAACACAUAUGAAACCUGGGACUUUGUGGUCCUUGUAUUUAUAAAGGGUCCAAACAUCAUCAAACUUGAUGGUCUGUGUGUGGAACAAUAAACAUGCAGGGUUAAUCACUUAAGUGAAAUUUCAAAGUGGUUUUCAAAUUUGAGUCCAAAUUAGCCAAAGUGGAAAAACUUUUAGCUCUAGCAUUUCUUUUAAACUCACUUUGGAUUCACUUUACUAAUUAAAGGGACACUCCAGGCACCCAGACCACUUCUGCCCAUUGGAGUGGUCUGGGUGCCAACUCCCACUACUCUUAUCCCUGCAAGUGUAAUUAUUGCAGUUUUUUAUAAACUGCAAUAAUUACCUUGCAGGGUUAACUCCACCUCUAGUGGCUGUCUACUAGACAGCCACUAGAGGGCACUUCCGUGUCCCUAGCACAGGUGAGCGCCGCUGGACGUCCUUACGCUAUGCGAGGACCUCCAGCGUCGCUCAUUUCUCCAUAGGAAAGCAUUGAAAAGCAUUUUCAAUGCUUUCCUGCAUUAGGUCUCCCCGGCCGGUGGGCUGGUUCAGUCUCGCCCACCGGCCGACGCAAUCACUGGGAGGAGCGGCGGUGGAGGAAGAAGCAGCAAAGUGGGACAUGUCAUUGCCCCUGGUAAGUUACUGAAGGGGUUUUUGCCCCUUCAGCAACUGGGGGGGUGGGAGGGAGAGGGGACCUGCAGUGCCAGGAAAACUGAUUGUUUUCCUGGCACUGGAGUUUCCCUUUAACCUCUGCUAGUGUUUCAAUCAUCUUUAAAUUUAAACGAACACUAGUGUCAGGAAUACAAACACAUAUUCCUGACACUAUAGUGCCUGUGUGGCUGUAUACAUCCCUUUCCCUGCCCCCCCCCCCUCAGAUUGCUCCUAAAAAGUGGUUUUGGUAAACUUUUUUUUUCAUGCCGCACUAGUCUCACUAUGGCUGGCCCCCCUUUGCUCCGCCUCUGGGGCUGAGAUCAUCAAUCUCUGCAAAUCCAAUGCUUUCAAAUAGGAAAGCAUCUGGAGGCUAUUGUGCAUGCUUGGCAAAACACCACGCUGCGCCAAUCAGCAGCAUCUUAUAGAGAUUCACUGAAUCAAUGCAUCUCUAUGGGGAACAUUCAGUGUCUGCAUGCAGCUCUGACACAGGAAGCACCUCUAGUGGCUGUCUGAGUGACUGCUACUUGAGGUUUUACUAGACUGUAAUGUAAACACUGCCUUUUCUCUGAAAAGCCUGCAGGGAGAGGCUAUAGAUACCAGAGCACUACAUUAAGCUGUAGUUGUUCUGGUGACUAUAAUGUCUCUUUAAAUCCUUAAUAAGUGCAUUUAAUGAGCUUUCAUUUGAACAGAACCAUACUGUAAUGAAAGGGAAAUGUCUCUCCCUGUGAUUUUUAAUAUGUUUAUCCCCUAUAUUAUUAUGUUUAUAUUUAUCCCCCUAUUUUUGCAAAUAUGUAUUUCAAGCCUGAAAAUUAAAAUGAAAUGUAAAAAUCCACACUACUGUAUUCAUCUCUGUAUUGGAAGUGAGCAUCUCCUUUGAUCUUGUUGGAUCAUCAUAGAUGUUGACCUUUUCUGCCAUUGAACAUAGUGGAAGAGGAGAUACAGAAACUCUUUCUGCUCUCCUCCUCAUUUGCAUUGUGUGCCAUACUGGUACCAGCACUGAACCUGACUAAUUUGUGUGAGUUGCUAAAUAAUUAAAUACAUUUUAAAAGCAAACACAGAAUCAUAUGAAAAACAAGUUAUUGGUGAUUUGCAUAUUUCAUUGACAUGCGAUUUCCAGAGAAGUAAGAGAUUUCCUCUUAAGUAUAACAUUAUAAAAAAUGUAAUUUUUUCCUACCAAAUAUCACUGUACACUUUACAGUUAACUCUAUUGUUUUUGUAAUUUUGUUUUUUGCAUUGCAGUCCCAUAUUUAAGCUCAUCUCUUUUACAAUGUUUAACUAUAAUAAGCAUUUUGCAAUGGUUUGUUUUUAAAAAUAUAAAUGUAUCCCGUGCUAAGUUGCAAAUAAAUAUAUUUAUGCAAA